GACAUGCGGUGGGGAGCGUCGCUCACCCCAGACAUGCAGAGGGCGGCGCGGGAGAUAUAUCGUUCAAUGCGGGCCGAGGGCAGCAGCGGAGUGCGCGACUGGCUCGCGCUGCGUUUCACAGGGAGCCGCUCCUCCUCGACCUGGACGGACUUGUGGACGUUGGCCACCACCGUCGACUUCCGCCUGCGGACCUGCGCCGACGACGACGAACUGAUGCGUGUCCUGGGCACGGACGACCUCAUGGAGCUGCCCCUGCGGCGGCUCGCAUCGUAUAUCUACGAGACGCCGAGGGGCGAUAUGAUGGGAGCGGCCCACACGCUGGGAGUACCUCCGCCAGAAGGCCAGACGGACAUCGCCCCCACCUGGCUCGCGCAGUCCGCCACCAGCCACAGCAAGCUAGAGCACCAACGUCGAGAGCGCGCAGAGGCCGAGGUCAGACACCGUCACCGAGCCAGCGGAGGCAGUCUUGGGUCUCAUGGAGACGGCCGUGGAGGCCGCGGCGGGAAGGGCGGUCGGAAGAGCCACGGCGCCGCUGGCGCCGCGACGGCGCCUGACAUCCCCGCCGCGCGCAAGCAGCAGGCGUGGGUGCCGCAUGGGCACCCAGGCAGGGACGCACUGAGAGAGACGCUGGAGGUCACGCAGGCCGUGGACGGGCCGGCGAGCUGUCGAAAGGUCACGAUGCUGGAGGCCCUGGAACCCGAGGGGGCAGUCUUCUAUGCCCUGGAGCAGAACGUCAUGGCCGACCCCGCUCACCGGAGCCGAGUGAACUCCAAGGGGCUGGAGCAGCAGCACGGGUUCCUUGGAGGCGAGCACAGCGAGUACGUGGAGUAUCUGAACCGGCCAGACUUCGCGCAGGGGAUGCGCAAGUUCGACGCCAUCGCAGGGGCGGCGCUGGACGGGCCCAACGCCUUCUCGCACGCGGAGGUGCCGAGCUGGAUGUGGCCGCGGCAGGCGGCCCCCCCCGCGAUCGCGGCCGACGUCUGGGACCUGCUGAGCCCCGCCCUGCAGCUGGCCGUUGGCCACGGGGGCUGGGUUUACCCGCUCUGGACACGCCUCGUGAUCGGGAACGCUCAUUCGGAGGUCGGCGCCGAGGAGGCCGUGGAGAUCCCGGCGCUCUCCCGCGACCUGGGCGCCGACUCUCGGCUGGGCCUCACGAAGAAGGAGACUUUCGACCUGCCGAUGGGCCUCGUCGUGGAGGGGCUCGUGGAUGCCAUCGCGGGGGGGCCACCCUGUGCCACGUGGAGCCGCGCCCGCUUCGCGGCGAGGAGGCGAAGCCUGUGGCCCCGGAGCGCGCCCGCGCACGCGCUGACGGCCCACGAGGAGCAGCGCCUCGACGAGGGGAACGUGGCCACGCUGAAUUCCUUCGCCUUCUGCGAGGAGCGCGCGGCGGCCACUCGGGCCGUCUUCGACCAGUGCACCCUCGGCGCUCCGACCCGGAAGCCAACGUGUCUCGCUGGGAACCUCGGUCACUUGGAGGAGUUCGACGGCCGCCGCUGUCGAGGAGACCACCGCCACGAUGUGAACGUUGUGAAGCAGUUCGGAAAAUUUGUCUCGGCCCGCCUGGCCACGUAUCCAGACAGGCUCUGCCAGGCCAUCGCCCGCCCGCUGGUCCAGAACUUCAAGCUCAUGCUGACCGAGGGCUCUGGGCCUACUGGACACUUGCGAGCGGAGGUGGCUGUUCGUCGCGUCGGCGACUAUUCCUGGAGGUCCACAGGAUCCACGCCAAGAGGGCUAGCAGUCCUGAACGAGGCCUCGGCUCAAGGCCGCAACGCGAUCUUGAGGAAGCACGACCUGGGAGUCUACCUCCACAUCGACGUUGCCCUUUUCUUGUCCAACCUCGGCCCGACGGAGGACCGCCCCGCGCGCGACAUAGCCUUACAAAAGUCCGCCGACAGACUGGAGCAGAUAGGUUCCCUGGUCAAGGACCGACGCCGGCAGGGGGAGGUCAACAAGAUCAUCGGCUACGAGACCGUGGACGUGGAGGCGUUGAGGCCCGUCGUGGGCGUCUGGAUCUGGGCCGCGCUACUGGCCCGACACUGGCUGUCGGCGCCGCAGGCGCUGUUCUCCAUCAUGAACGCCGAGGGCCCCCGCGUCCGCCGCCGGUGGGCUUCGGGCCGCAGGGAGGUUGUUGCCAUGAUGAGGAGCGUGAUGGGCCUGUACUCGGACAUGGGCGCGCCCUUCUCCCCGGUCACCCUCGCGACCGACGCCGAGGGGGGCAACAACCACGACUUCGGCGGCCACGGGGCAGUGGGCGCGCUUCUAGGCCAGCAGGCCCAGGAGAGCACGUGGGAGGCUGGCUUGCGGCCUGGCAAGGCCCUCGUCCGCAAGCCCGGCACCGUCGAGAAGGUCGUGAAGCGCGGCGAGGCCAGGACGCUGAAGCCGUUCGUGCCUGUCUCGUCCGUGCCGGGGGACGUGCUGGACCCCGAAAUCACGUGGGCCGACUUGCUGGCGGGGCGCAGGAGGCAUGCCGACAACAUCGCCUUGGGCGAAGCUCGGGCGGCGAUCGCCCCGCUGGAACAAGCGCAGCAUCAUGCGAAUCCGUGGACACCUGACGAGUGGGACGACACGCUGAUCGAACUCAAACAUAGUUUGCGAGACGAGUUGGGAAAGGCGGAGUUCAUUGCGACGGCGAGCGCCGUCGAGUUCCGCUUCACCCGCCUGAAGGGCAUGCUGGCCUGCUCGCAUGCUGCCAUCCGCGGCUGGAGUAUCGUGUUUCCCGUCCGACGGACGGUGCCCAUGACGUCGCGGCCGAGCAAGUGGAUAGCAGCGCAGAUGGCCAGCAGGAGCCGCCCUCGCCUGGGAGCAGGCGUGGCGCUGCAGGCCCACAUAGGCCUGCGGCCGUCCGAGAUGCUCAGCCUGACUACCGACGACUUGACCUUCCCCGAGGACGGAGGCUACCACCAGGACGAGGGCGCGCUAGUGAUCGGGCUUGGCCUCAAGACAGGGACCACGGCCCAGCGCGCUCAAGCAGCAUCGCUUCGCUUCCCAAAAGAUGCCGUCUUCAUCCAUCUGCUCCGUCACCUGAGGAGCAUCACUCCGCCAGGUCACCGUCUCUUCCCGUACCCCUUGGAGGUCUACCGCAGGGAGCUGGCAGAGAUCCAGAGGGGCUUCGGCAUAGACGCCAGGUGGACCCCGCACAGCCCCAGAGCAGGAUAUGCUUCGGAGGCCUCAGCUUUGGGCGUACCCUUCGAGGUGAUCGGAGAGACGGUCCGAUGGAGAAUGGAUUCCAGUUUGCGCAUCUACAUUGACGUAGUCUCGGCGGCUCAAAUCAGCACGGCCCUACACCUCAAGGGCUUCGAGGCAGCACUGGCGUGGGCGACCCAGCAUUGGGCCUGGUACAUCGCGCAGUCUCUGGGCCAGGGGCAGCUCAGGCCCCCGCGCGGCUUCCCCGUCGCGGGGCCUGACAGUGGAUCAAUUGUUCCACCGGGAUCCGCAGCGGGACCGCCAAAAAGCCUGGCGGCGGCCGUCGCCGUGCUGGCGGCGCUCCCCGCCGCGGUCUUCCCCGCCACGGCCCGUGAAGCGGAGACCAUCACGAACCUCGUCGAGGGCGUGGGCGGGGCGGCGAAGCGGGUCCUGGCAUCGGGCGCGAAUGUCACGGACUCGGCGGCCCGCUUCGCGGGGGCCAGCACGGACGGCACGCUGACGCCAGGGGGGGCCGCACGGAAGGGCCACGACCUCCUGAACGUCACAGUGGCGAGGCGGGCAGGGAGACUCUUCCUGGACGCCCAGGGGGACGCCCCCGCCCUGCUGAGGAGCGGGGCGGGGUCGCAGAUUCCACAGAUGCCGCUGGAGUGGGUCGAGGAACUCAUCAAAGCCGGCCACAUCGCGAUGGCAUGGGCGACCUCGAAUAUCACCUUCCAGGCCCGCUGGGCCAAUCCGUGCUGGGAGCUCCUGGGCUAUGACUUCGGCCCGAUGACUGACGAGAUUGGCGCCACUCUCUCCCGCGCGCUGGCGGGGGCCAGCCCAGCUCCCAAUCUCGACCUGAGUGUUGACGAGAUCGAGGACGCUCCAGGCAUGCCGUCGGCGACCUGGCCAUUCUGGGCGCGCUACAUC